AUACACUGGAUAAAAGUGUCGCAACUUUUAUUUUGAAGAAGUGCUACCGGAAGCACUUUUACAUGCCGUGGCUAACUUGAGCAGUGCGGAGUCUGGUUGAAGAGGUUUGGUCCCGGUUCUUUGUUGUAGUAAACCGUUUCCCCCGCGUGAGUCCUGCUCUUUCCGCCACGUAGCUCAUCAGAUACAACCGAGGUGAACCACCAGAACCCGGAUGUUUGGAUAAACUUGUUCAAGUGGACGUUUUAACCUUUGAUAAGACUUAUCUCCGUUAGCCAAGAAUGCUAACUGAAGUUAGCGUAGCAUGCUAGCUGGAAAUAUUCGCAGUCUAAACUCGACCACACAGCGCUAGUAGGAGAGACCAUUGGAUAGAUACCAAACUGUAUGUUUCAUGGACCCACCCUGUCCAGAUAGACCUGUCUGAAUGGACUCUGUGAUGUUCCCUUUAUUUGAAAACGUCUGAAUUAUCUCCUGGUGUCCUGCGAAGCUAAUUAAGUUAGCUUGCUAGCUGGAAGUACACAGACCCUAACGUAACAUAGCGCACGUAUCCGAGGGAGCGAACAGGUUUUAACGUUGUCUGUCUGGAGGAAAAGUUUCUGUGAUUUAGUAGAAAUGUCUAAAGUUAAAAUGCUGAGAGCUUACGUCAACCAGCGACUAACUGCGGCUGCUGAAGAGAUAUUUGGGCUGUUUGAAAGAACGAUAGCAGAGUACGAGGAGGAACUAGAGUUCAGUUUAAAGGAGAAUCACCGACAACAGAAACUACUGGACGCUGUUUUAAACCCUGAAGUCCAGAUACACAGAGCAGAUGUCCAGCAGCUGUCAGUGGAUGAAGAUUGGGUUCCCCCUGAGCAGCAGGAGUGGAGCUCCAGUCUGGACCAGGAGGACCCAGAGCCCCCCCCACACAUUAAAGAGGAACAGGAGGAACUCUGGACCAGUCAGGAGGGAGAGCAGCUUCAAGAGCUGGAGGAGGCUGAUAUCAAGUUGCUGUUAACUUCUGUCCCUGUAAAGAAUGAAGAAGAUGAUGAAGAGAAAGCUCAGUCCUCACAGCUUCAUGAAAGCCAAACUGAGGAGAACAGAGAUGCAGAGAGAACAGAAGUUGAUGGAGAGGACUGGGGAGGACCAGAACCAGCCAGGAACUCAGAUCCAGAUAGUCCUUUACAACCAGCUACUCAUGACAAGACUUCAGACUCCUCUGAAUCUCACACUAAUGACAGUGCAGACUGGGAGGAGACUAGGGAACCUCAGUCAGGUUUAAACCCUCUGCAAAACAAUGAAGUAGCUGUAAGUGAUGUGAAAUGUAAUACUGGAAACGCAUCAGUUAGCUCCUCUGAAUGUGCUGGAAGCUUUGGCCACAAGAAACAUCUGCAGAACCACUCUGGAGUCCAAACAGGAGGGAAACCAUUUUGUUGCUCAGUUUGUGGUAAAAGAUACCUUCUGAAGUCAUCCUUAACGAAUCACAUGAGACUUCAUUCAGAAGAAAAACGGUUCACCUGCCCAGUGUGUGAACUAGUUUUCAGUAGCAAAGGGAAUUUUGUUAUACACAUGAGAAUCCACACAGGGGAGAGACCAUUUAGUUGCCCAUUUUGUAGUAAAAGAUUCGCACAAAAGGGAAAUCUGAGAAAACACUUGACUGUCCACACAGGGGAGAAACCAUUUAGUUGUUCAGUGUGUAGUAAAAGAUUUGCACACAAGGAAACUCUGAAACAACACUUGAUUGUCCACACAGGGGAGAAACCAUUUAGUUGUUCAUUUUGUAGUCAACGAUUUGCACUAAAGCAAUAUCUGAAACAACACUUGACUGUCCACACUGGGGAGAAACCAUUUAGUUGUUCAUUUUGUGGUAAGAGUUUCACACAAAACCAAAAUCUGAAAAGACACUUGACUGUCCACACUGGGAAAGAUCCAGUUACUUGCAGUGUAAACGAUAAAAGUUGUAAUCGGCAGAGUGUUGGUGAUAGCGGUGUAGUGGACAAUAGUUGAUCCGUAUGGAUAGACACUCACGAUUCAGAAUGCACGUGAAUCGCGGACUAAAUGCAAAGUUUAGCCAUAAUAAUAGUGUGAAAUAAAUUUUUACUGUCACUGUUAGUUAACCCUCUCAGCCUGAGCUAAUCAUAUAUGAAAAAUUGAUUCAUAACUUAAUAAUUUUAAAACCAUAAUGAGUAGAAAAAUUCAGUUUUCUGCAGCUAAAAGCUAACACUCGCCCCAUUCUGCUGAUUUGUUUGGGGUCUUCGUAGCCCUUACAGAAGGUUAUGUAUCCAGCCUGGCAAUCCAGAGUUUUUCGGGGUCUGCAAUAAUGCAAUAAAUCCAAACUGUUACAUCCAAGAUUGAUUAAGUUUAUGUUCAUAAUUUAUGAAUUUUUGGUUGUUUAUCUCCGCCGAUCGCCGCUAGCUCUGACGAUAACCACAAUAUUGUUUCCCAUGAUGCUCUGGCAGACCAUUCUGACCAAUCAAAAGCUUGUUUAGCUUGUCUUGUCAACCACUGGAAGGCUGGUUUGUCAUUGUAGAUGAAACAAAGAUUCUAUAUAGUGGAGAGAAACUGGGCACAAUAGUUAGAUAUGACCAAAGAUUGCAGUGUUUCCUUUUAGGAUUUUUUUUAGCAGUAGGGGCAAGUCUGUCCGAAACUCUACCUAAAUGACUACAUCUAUAGACUAUUUCCAAUUUAUAUUACAUUGACUCACUGUUUCAUUGUUUCCAGAUGUUUGAUAUCCGGACGAUGAGUUGACAGAACUGACAAGUUGAACGUUGUCUAAUUAGAACGGACCCACCGUAGUGACUUUUUUUGGUGGAGCUGUUUGUUUAAUAGUCGACUCGGAAGAAAGCGAACGUUUUGACAAUAAACUCCAUCAACACAACAGUAUGUGGAGUUAAACUGGACGGGCCCAGUAACCUCUGAAUAGUUCUACUUGUUGUUAAAUUGCAAUGUGAGCAGCGGUAGGCAUCAAAAACAAAUCCACAUAGAGGAAACACUGGAUCGUCAAUACUAAACUGUUCUCUAGGAGAUCUGAUUUAGACAACACAAAUGCUUGUGUAGCAUUGCUGUGUGUGAUAUCAAUAAAUAUGGCAUUUAGAGGUCGACCGAUGAGAGUGGAUUUUACCGAUGCCGAUAGCUAGGUUGGGCCGUAUUUGCCGAUAACCGAUUAAUCGACCGAUAGUAUUUAGAAUUGAUACACCCAUAGCAAUGCUACACAAGCAUGUGUGUUGUCUAAAACAGUUCUCCUUCA